AUGUCCGCGCGCCCGCCCCCGCCGCCGCGCCCGCGUCUGUCCCUGCCCCCGCGCUCCACCGGGGAGUCGCUCUUCUCCGGCACCGGCGACGCCAGCCCCGGCCCGCUCACCCUCGCCUCCGCGCUCUUCCCCUCCGACGCCGACGCCGACGCCGACGCCGGCGGCGGCGGCAGCGGCGCCUCGUCUGGCGCGGGGGCCACCAGCUUCACCCAGCUCCUCAUCGGCUCCCUCUCGCAACCGCCUCCGCAUCAGCAUCAGCAGCAGCAGCAGGAGAGAGGGAGAGGCGGGGUCGCCAGGGCAGGGCCGGCGCUGUCUGUGGCACCGCCGGCCGGGGCAGCUGUUUUCACCGUGCCUCCCGGCCUCAGCCCCUCCGGCUUUUUCGACUCCCCCGGCCUAAUCUUCUCGCCGGCCAUGGGGGGUUUCGGCAUGUCGCAUCAACAGGCUCUUGCCCAAGUCACAGCCCAAGCAAGCCAUUCUCCACUCAGAAUGUUUGAUCACACUGAACAGCCAUCGUUUUCAGCAGCUGCAACGUCAUCUGGAGCUCUACAGAAUAUGAGCUCUGCAGCCAAUGUGGCUGAGAUGUCAGAGAUGGCGACAACCAUAUCGAACAAUGAGCAUGCAGCCUUCCAAUCUGCUGAGGCUUCUCACAGGUACCAAGUUCCUGCCCCAGUUGAUAAACCUGCUGAUGAUGGCUAUAAUUGGCGGAAGUAUGGUCAGAAGGUGGUGAAGGGCAGUGAUUGCCCAAGGAGCUACUACAAAUGUACUCAUCCCAGUUGUCCUGUGAAGAAAAAAGUAGAGCACGCAGAAGAUGGCCAAAUAUCUGAAAUAAUAUAUAAGGGAAAACACAAUCACCAACGUCCACCAAAUAAACGGGCAAAAGAUGGCAGCUCUUCAGCAGCCGAGCAAAAUGAACAAUCCAAUGACACAGCAUCUGGUUUGUCAGGUGUUAGGAGAGAUCAGGAAGCUGUAUAUGGAAUGUCUGAGCAAUUAUCUGGUCUAAGUGAUGGAGAUGAUAAGGAUGAUGGUGAAUCUCGGCCAAAUGAAGUUGAUGAUAGAGAGAAUGACUGCAAAAGAAGGAAUAUACAAAUUUCUUCACAGAAGGCCCUGACAGAGUCUAAGAUCAUUGUACAAACAACCAGUGAGGUUGACCUUUUGGAUGAUGGUUAUAGAUGGCGCAAGUAUGGGCAGAAGGUGGUCAAAGGAAAUCCUCAUCCAAGGAGUUACUACAAGUGCACGUUUGCUGGGUGCAAUGUUAGGAAGCACAUUGAGAGGGCCUCAUCAGACCCAAAGGCUGUCAUCACAACUUAUGAAGGAAAACAUAACCAUGAACCACCGGUCGGUAGAGGCAGCAACCAGAAUGGAGGAAAUUCCAACCGGUCACAACAGAAAGGGUCGAAUAGCAUGUCUAGCAAUCAAGCUUCGCAUACAAGAACAGACCUCGGCAAUGUUAACCAGGGGCAGAUCGGGGUCUUGCAGUUUAAAAGGGAAGAAUAG